AUGUCAAACAUGAACCAUAUUUCACCUCCCCCGCUCCGAAAGAGACUGGGACAGAUCAAAAUGGCAGACGGCUACUGGGUUUCCGAACGUCCGUGCCACUAUGUCCUGAUAUACUAUCAGGGAUGUGGCCAUGUGGUAGCCAAUUACACCCAUAGACCUAAGUGUGUCCGUAGAGAGAUACCUCAAUCAGUAAGAGCGUCACAUGACCAUAGCUUCUGCGAAGAUGUCAAUAAUGCACUUGAUGAUCUUGAUAGCCACGUCUUUAAUGGCACUUACUCGCUGUACGAAAGUGGAGGAAUGUACAACGGACUUCCACGAAUAUGUCCUGAUUCCAAAUCCAAAGCCUGUCAGCAGUCCAUAUGCGAGGUAAAGCUCGCUAUAGCGCAAUGCCAUGCCUGCGGAGGAGGAGCUCCGAUAUUUGAUUAUCUGCCAGAGAUUUACCAGCGAUGGCGAGACCUCGAAGACCGACACAAAAUUGUUUUGGAAAAAUCAUACUUCAGUAUCAUCAAAGAUAGGCGGCAGCGAAUGUGGCAUAGAGAAUUUGCUCUAUUCGUGGCAAGAUAUGUCACUGAAUCAACACCAGAAGCCAUGCGUCCAGUGCUUUACGAUCCCGACGACAGGAACGGAUUUCUCAAGGCUGUAAGCGAUCAAGCCAUUGAAAGGAUGACAUCAGAGGAUUGGAAAUGCCCCAUUUGCACUGAGGGUACCGAGGACGGAGAAUGCGCAACACUCUCAUGUAGACACGUUUACCAUGUUGAAUGCGUUAAAACAUGGUUCGGUGACCAUGGACCACCCGCUUUCGAGAACGGGGUAUUCCGUACUGUUAGCAAAAACAACACUUGCCCAAUGUGUCGUAAAAAUUGGGCGAAGAUUAUCGGCGUACCGAGCUGGGAAGACACGGAGUACGGGGGUGCUUCUCUAAAAUAUAGAGGAGGAUACAAACCUUUUCAGCCAUCUUCUUAUGGCUAUGGUCGUGCUCAAGAUCGUGUCGCUCAGCCCAAUACCGACUACGCAAUUGCAGAGGACGACUAUGCUCUGGAUGAAGGAGAUGUUGAGUCCAUUUUCCCACCUGACGGCCACGUUCGUCCAAGAUCUCGAAUGGCCGGCGGAACUGUGAAUCAGAUAUUCGAACACUCUUCCCCUUUACAACAAGUUAGGAACCAGUUCGCAAUGGUGAGUGGGCCGGAAAGCCAAAGCUACCACGAAAUUGACCAGCGACAGUUCACAAAUCCAUUUGCAAGUUCGGCUAGUCCGUCAAGCCACAGUCAAACCUUCCCCCAAGGACAAAUUCAACAGUUGAAUACAGGCGUCAGAAUGCGCAACGUAGACGUCUCGGAAUCAAACGAGAUCAAUAUCUUUGGAAACAUCAGCAAGAACACUGUGGUCCAGACCGCGGUACUUUCCGAUCACCUUAGCAAUUCAAAAAGGGUGGAACUAACGAAGGUGACCACGGAGAAUUUUGCUGGUAAUCCAGUGACUAAGACAACUGCUCGUAUGAGAAAUCUGGACGGCUCAGGAGAAAGAGCUAUUGCGAAUGGUGGCUACUUCCUUGACACCGUUCCCGCUGUUUGGUAUCAAGAUCCAGUCUUCGUUCAAGUCUUAAAUUACUGUAGACAAGAAGUGGUGACUCCAAGCUUCCAGGUUCAGGCUACUAGCAAUAGAUCCUUUUUACACACACCUUUUCAAUCGACUAGGAAUCAGCGGGAGACUUUCAAUCCGGGAACAAUAAGGGUUCCAUCCAGCUUAUCAGAUCCACUUGGGUUCAACACAUUCCCCAUACCACCAGGUUCUCACUUGCCACUAUCUCAACAGCCAGGAUCACGAUUAGGCGAUCCAAACUACACUCCUGGAUCUUUUCCCUUACCCGUCAACAGUAUAUUUUCUAGCGGGGAAGGGAACGCCGCGCGGAUGCAAAAUUCAUUCAUUCCUCUCCAAGGACCAUCGGGCUUGGCCGCAAGAUCUAUACCGUGGUAUUCUGAGAUGGACCAAAGAAGACAACGAGCUUGGCAGUUUGGCGAGCCAGAUCCAUAUGAAACUGACACAUUGUGA